AUGAAAAAGGAAAAGCUUAAUGUAUGGAAGAUAACAGUAAUUAAAGGGCAGCACACAUGUACAAAUGCGUCACUGCAUCAGGGUCAUCGACAGUUGGAUUCAGAAUAUAUCGCAGAGGAGGUGCUACCUAUGGUAAGAGCAGAUUUGAAAAUAAAUAUAGUAGCUAUUCAGGCCUUUGCUAGUUCUCAGUUACAAUUGUUGCAAGCAAUACAAGUUGCAAAUCCAGGGUCGGUGGUUAAUUUUAACUAUAAGGACAUUGUCAGCAAUCGGGCUACGUUUGGUCGUGUAUUCUGGGCAUUUUGGCCUUGUAUAGUCGGCUUUCAAUCCUCUCGUCCUUUGAUAAGUAUUGAUGGCACACAUUUGUAUGGGAAAUACAAAGGCAAAUUGUUGAUCGCGGUUGGGUUUGAUGCAGAUAACGGCCUUUUCCUGUUGUGCUUUGUUAUUGUAGACGAAGAAAGUGCUGAUAAUUGGGGAUGGUUCAUAGCAUGCAUUCGUUCUUAUGUUACCGAUCGAAGAGGCAUUUGUGUGUUGUCUGAUCGACACGCUGGUAUUUUGGCAGCAAUGCGUGAUGGUUGGCCAGAACCAUUUGCUUAUCAUAGGUAUUGCUCGAGACAUUUUGUGAGUAAUUUCAACACCCAUUUUAAAGAUAAAGAUUUGAAACAAGCGGUUGUCACAAUGGCUAACGAAGAAUCUAAGAAUAAAUUCGACUUUUGGAUGUCGUGUGGUAAGGAUUUGAACAUUGUUGCGUGGGAGCACCUAAAUAGUGCCAGGAAAGAAAAGUGGAGUAAAGCAUAUGAUGAUGGCCACAUAUACGGUAACAUGACUACUAAUAUGUCUGAAAUCUUCAAUAGUGUUCUGAAAGGUGGAAGAUUUUUGCCUAUUACAACACUGGUUCAUCUGACAUUUUACAGGUGCAACAAAUAUUUUGUUAAGAGGAGGAUUGAAGCAGAAGAAUUUAGAUUACGAGGGAUUGAUUUGCCACCGCAAGUUUUUGGACAUAUUAGUUGUGAGACUGCGAAGUCUAAGCGGGAACAAGUCCGAAUGUUCAACCAUAAUCCUCCUACAUUUGAGUGUUGUUCAGCUAAUAGAAUCGAUUGGAGUAUAUAUAUGGAGCCAUAUUUUACAAUUGGGGCAUAUGAAAGCACAUAUGCCCCAGUUUUUAGUCCGAUACCCGAUGAGACAUGUUGGCCUGAUUAUUUAGGACCGAUGGUUGUCGUUGAUGAUGCACAACGAAGGAAAAGGGAAGGUCGCCCCAAGUCAACCAGGCUUAGGAAUGAUAUGGAUGCACGGGAAGGUCGCACUACAAACAAGUUCAAGGAGCUGACGGAUGGCGUGGACAGGGGUGGAGGAUCAUCGAGUCAUGCUAGAGUAGCCGGUGUCCGCAUUACUAGGGAGUCUCGUCCUAGUUCAGACAAUCAAUCUGUUCUUCAUAUGCAGUCAAACCAUCGUUUGGAAGACAUUUGGCGUGGACAGGAUACAGGAGAACCAAUCAGAUUUGGGCAGCAUAUGUUCUGGCCAUUGGAUCCACGAGUUAGACCUUAUGUUAUCCAGGCAGGUUUCUAUGGUAUCACCCAGAUAGGUAACAUAAACUUGAUAAUGGAUUACUAA